UGUCAAAUAAAAUAAAAUCGUCUUUUCGUUUUAUAAAUAUUAUAAAAAAAUUAAAUAUAUUAAUAAUUAUUAUCAAGACUAUAUCUAACAAAAAUAUCAUAUUAAUACUUAAUUUUAAUCUUGUUUUUUAUUUAUUCGUACAUAAGACGUUUUUUUUAUCAUAGCACGUGAAAAGUGAAUAGUAGUAUGGUUGUAUAAAUGCAUGCUGAAUAGAAAGCAACAAACGUAAUUUUAACUAAUUUCAUCGCCGUCAUGGGUUCUAGACAAAUUACAGAGAAGUCUCUGGCUAUGCUACGAUCAUUGCCCAGAAUUUCCUUGGCUAAUCUUCGCGAUAAUCCAGGUGCCAAAAAAAACACAAAGCGUGGUCGGGGACAACAUGGUGGGGAUAAACAUGGUGCAGGUAACAAGGGUUCAGGACAGCGAAUGAACUACAUGAGACUGGGUUAUGAAACUGGAAACAACCCUUUUUACUUACGCAUGCCUCAUGAACCUUACUACAAAGGACAUCACCUUAGACGACAAUAUCCACCCUUGUCUCUUCAUGCACUGCAGAGUCUUAUUGACAAAAAUUGUGUUGAUGUGACUAUACCUAUAGAUAUAUCAACAUUAGUCAAGUCUGGAUUUUAUAACUUCUUUCCUGAUCAGAAGCAUUUUGGAGUUAAUCUCACUGAUGAAGGAGCAGAUAUUUUUGCUGCAAAAAUUAAUAUUGAAGUGCAGUGGGCAAGUGAGCAAGUUAUAGCUGCUGUUGAAAGAAAUGGAGGUGUAAUAACCACAGCAUAUUAUGAUCCCCAUAGCCUUUUUCUUCUUAAAGACCCAAAAAAAUUCUUUCAAAGUGGACAAGCUAUUCCACGAAGAAUGAUCCCACCUCCCGAUGCUAUAGAGUACUAUACCAGUGCUGAAAACCGAGGGUAUUUAGCAGAUCCUGAGAAAAUUUCUCAAGAAAGACUUAAAUUGUCACAAAAAUAUGGGUAUACUUUGCCAAAUUUAGAGAAUGAACCACAGUACACUAUGCUAUGUGAAAGGAAAGACCCAAGACAAAUAUUUUAUGGCUUAGAACCAGGUUGGGUGGUUAAUUUAAAAGAUGAAUGUAUCCUUAAACCAAAGGAUAAAGAAUUACAAGACUUUUAUGCAUCUUAAUUGCAGCAUUGAUAUUGAAAUGUAUAUAAGUAAAUAGACUUAUUUAAAAAGUUAUAA